GAGGGAGGCACGGUCAAAAUAGGGGUUGUGGCACUACAUGGCUGCUGCAGAGUUCGCCGGCCAGUGGGCCACGGCCAGAGAGCCGCAGAGGCGGGCGACCCGGCAAUAGGCCGGAGCCUGGGGCCUGCGGAGCGAGCGCUGAGCUGGCGGGGCGUGGCGUGGCGGGGCGUGGGCGGCGGCCCCUCCUCCCAGCGCAGGAUUACUUUCUAAUGUUUAUGUAAGACAGAAGAAGAGGAUGGCAUUCCGUAAAGUAAACAUCAUCAUCUGGGUCCUGGCUGUUGUUCUCUUCUUACUGGUUUUGCACCAUAAUUUCCUCAGCUUGAGCAGUUUGUUAAGAAAUGAAGUGUCAGAUUCAGGAAUUGUGGGGCUUCAGCCCAUAGACUUUGUCGCAAAUAUUCAUCAGCAUCCAGUAAAUGAGAGACAAGAGGAGAUUCCCGUGGUUAUUGCUGCCUCUGAAGACAGGCUGGGUGGGACCAUUGCAGCCAUAAAUAGCAUUCAUCAAAACACUCGUUCCAAUGUGAUUUUUUACAUUGUUGCGUUCAACAGUACAGCAGACCAUCUCCGGUCCUGGCUUAACAGUGGUUCCCUGAAAAGCAUCAGGUACAAAAUUGUAAAUUUUGACACUAAACUUUUGGAAGGCAAAGUAAAGGAGGAUCCUGACCAGGGGGAGUCCAUGAAACCAUUAACCUUUGCAAGGUUCUACUUGCCAAUUCUGGUUCCCAGUGCAAAGAAAGCCAUAUACAUGGAUGAUGAUGUAAUUGUACAAGGUGAUAUUCUUGCCUUGUACAAUACACCACUGAAGCCAGGACAUGCUGCUGCAUUUUCAGAGGAUUGUGACUCAGCCUCUACCAAAGUUAUCAUCCGUGGAGCAGGGAACCAGUACAAUUACAUUGGCUAUCUUGACUAUAAAAAGGAAAGAAUUCGUAAGCUUUCCAUGAAAGCCAGCACCUGCUCCUUUAAUCCUGGAGUUUUUGUUGCAAACUUGACUGAAUGGAAAAGACAAAAUGUAACUAACCAGCUGGAAAAAUGGAUGAAACUCAAUGUAGAAGAGGGAUUGUACAGCAGAACACUGGCUGGCAGCAUCACCACACCUCCUCUGCUUAUUGUAUUUUAUCAGCAGCAUUCCACCAUUGACCCUAUGUGGAAUGUCCGCCAUCUUGGUUCCAGUGCUGGAAAACGGUAUUCACCCCAGUUUGUAAAGGCUGCCAAGUUACUUCACUGGAAUGGUCACUUCAAGCCUUGGGGAAGAACUGCUUCAUAUGCCGAUGUUUGGGAAAAAUGGUAUAUUCCAGAUCCAACAGGAAAAUUCAGUUUAAUCCGAAGACAUAUAGAUACCUCAAACAUAAAGUGAACUACAAUUUAAGCUAAAUAUUUCACUCAGGAAACCCUGGAAGACACUAUGUGUGAAAAACAGUUGUAGGACUUGAGUCUCUUGGUACCACCCUGAAAAUGGUUCAGCUGGGUAGAGAUCACAGAUCUCCAGAUGACUACCAAUGUCUUCAUCUGCCUUACCAAAUGUUUGCUUACUAUACUGCUGACUGACCUGAAGGACAGAGACUGAAAACGCCAGCAUAAUUGCAUCUAGUUGCUAUAGAUUGCCUGUGGCCUGGUUUGUAAAUAAAAUCUACAUUUUCUAAUAGACCCUUUGCUUCCCUGUAUUUUAAGGAAUGUAAAGAUUGCUGUUCUUCCAGAGUUCAAUUUCCUCCACAUCAGGUUACCACUGUAUCAUUCUAAUUCCAGGGGACCCAAUGCUUUCUUAAUCCCCCCCACCCCCAAGAUUUUCUGUUUAACAGCCCCAGCUGUCCUAGAUGGAACUCUCAAAGAUCCUCCUGAAUGUUGGGCACCACCACACCUGGCCAUAAAUAAAAAAACAUAUGAAUGUAAA